AUGGCGGAAUUCUCACAGGUCAACAUAGCUCACGAAGUUGCGUACAAGGAAACUGAUUCAAAGGUAUCUGCUCAUAAUCUCACUAUGGAAGCUGCAAAUACUAUGGAGUCUGCUGUGCAGUGGUAUCCAGAGACAAUCGUUGCUCCAACGCAAAUUUCAGAAAUUCAUUUAGACAUGGAGAAACAAUUGCAAGUGGUUGCUGAUGAGAUGGACACUGAACUAAGCAAAGCUUCAGAAAUCCUGUUGGAAUUUCAAAAGGAAUUGUUAAUGCCAGUUGAAGAGCCCUCCAUUCCAGACAUUGUUGAAAUCUCCGAAUUGUUGAUGGAUGUUGACAGUGACACGAAAUCCCCUGAAAUGGAAUUUCAUAUCAGCAGUUCUAAUGCUCAGCAAGCUGUAUCCCAAAGUCGUUUAUAUGGAAUGUCAGCGCAGAGAGUGACUGAUACACCAACGCAUAGGGUAUAUGAAAAGGCCUCUUAUUACGCAGCUCAACAAGUAACAACCAACACACAAAUGGUGUCUGUGGAGAUUAACUCAGUCUGUAAUCAUACUCCGCUUGUAGUGGAAAUGACUGAUGAUGCCAGUCACAAUGUAGAAGAGCAAGUUUCAUCUACCAGUGUUAUCGUUGAGGGUAAGCCAACAAACGGUGCAGUGGAAUCCGAUGUGGUGAAACAAAGUCAGGAGCAGCCUAAUAAGGAAGAUACCAAAACUGGUGGAGACAAGGCUACUGAUGAUGUGUCUACUAGAGAUGAAAUAAAUUCCAAUGGCGACAAGGUGGCCAAAGAUGAAAAUAAAGAGGUGUCCAAAGACAAUAACCCUCAACUAAAGGAGAAAACUGAAGAAACAAAAACCAAACUGAUAGAACCAGAAAUUGUGAAACCUGAAACCAAUGAAAAUGAGAAAGUGGAAGAGAAGGCAGUAGUAACUAAAGAAAAGGAAUCUGGGAAACCGGUUGCUGUGGAAACUAGCAAAGAUGAGAAUAGUGGGAAUAAUGGCGUGACUGAUGCACCGGAAAUGACAACGAAAGCCAAGAAGAAGAAAGUAAAGGAGCUUGAUCACAUCAGUCGAACAAUGAUGCAAGCAUUGAAUGGGUUAAACACCCCGGAAGAGAAGAUAGCUGCACUGUGCAAGAAAUAUGCUGAUUUGACUGCUGAGCAUCGUCUGUUGACCAAUAAGUUCAAGUUACAACAAAAACAAUUCCAGCAACUGCAGAGAGAAAAGGAUCACUUGCAGAGUGAACACAGUAAAGCUGUCCUCGCUAAAAGUAAACUAGAAAGUCUGUGUCGUGAAUUACAACGUCAUAACAAAGUUAUCAAAGAUGAGAGUUUACAGAGAGCUAGGGAUGAAGAGGAAAAAAGAAAAGAGCUCUCACAAAAGUUUCAGCAAACAAUCAAUGAUAUCACCACACAAAUGCAGGAGAAUCAUAAUAAAAAUAUUAAGUUGAAAGAAGAAAAUCUUGAAUUGGCUUCAAAAUUAAAAGGUUUGGUGGAACAGUAUGAGCGGAGAGAGGAGCAUAUAGAGAAGAUGUUCAAACACAAGGAGUUGGAGUUGCAGCUAUCUGAUGCAAAACUACAGCAGAGUACCAUGCAGUUAGCAGAAGAAAAAGAUAGGAAUCUCAGAGAAAAAACAAUUUUAAUCACUGAAACAGCAGAUUAUCAAAGAAAAUGUGAAGUGUUACAAGAACAGGAAUUACAGCUCAGAAGUCAGUUGGAAGUUUACACUGAAAAGUUUGAGGAGUUUCAGACCACACUGACUAAAAGUAACGAGGUAUUCCAGCAAUUCAAACAUGAGAUGGAUAAGAUGACCAAGAAAAUUAAAAAGUUAGAAAAGGAAACUCAUACUUGGAGAACACGAUGGGAGAAUUCUAAUAGAUCAUUACUGAAAAUGGCUGAAGAGAAAACUAUACGUGAUAAAGAAAUGCUUUCACAGGCCAGCAAGAUUCAAAAAUUAGAAAAAUUAUGUAGAGCUUUGCAGGCGGAGAGAAAUGCAUUAGCAGGAAAAGCAAAAGAUGCCGGCGGGAGUGGAUCAUCGUCUCCAACACCCACGCCACCUCCAGCCUCUCCUGCACCCCCAGAACCCCCAAAGCCGAGUGAACCUGAUAACCCUCCAACUCAAGAGACUGUGACAGAGAGUAACAAAGCCAAUAAGGAGGAGGAGGAUGGAUCAUCAGAUGACCCUCAACAUGAUGACUAUUAUUGCGAGGAUCCCUAGCCAUCUCAUCAAGAGCCAAGAUCAUCUACAUUUUGCGUGUCUAGUCUAGUCUUUUCUAUUCUCUUUUAUUUUAAUUGGCAAACUCUCUAACCAUUUUAAACUGAUUUCGUACUUCCAAACCCUUUCACCACCAUUGUCAACUUGUGUAACCCUUUAUAAAAAAUGGUUCUGCUCUCUAUCCAUAAUAUUAAUCCCACAUUAUCAAGAACCUUUCUAAUUCUCAACCACUUUUCAACUUUGUUAUGUAAAUCUAUUAAGUGUUCAUAUUCUAUUUUUGAAGUGGAAAGUACGGUGAAACACUGAUGGCUGCUCUUUGGUUACAUUGUGCAUUUGAAGCGAUGGAGCCGUCACCUGCGCAUGCGUCAGAUGGCCAUAGCGUGUCAUUGUUUACAAACAAGUGUCUACUCAUGAGCCUUUGCGUUUUUAGUGUCUUGUUAUCGUCGCUUGGAACUCCAUUUCUGUGUCUCGCUUUAAGUUGUAGUAUAUGAACACAGACGUUUGUUUGCACUGUUUAGAAAUAUUUUGGUCUCAAAAUGAACAUGAUUUCUGUGAGAAUAUUAUCACUAACUUGUUUAGUUGUUCAUUAUACAAUAAGCAAUUGUCUCACAGCCCAGAGUAAUGUGAGCAGUGUCAUAUACUAUUACUUCAGUCAGGGAAAAAAAAAAUCUCUCAAAAUGUCUGGUGGAAGAAAUCUUGGGUUUAAAGUUUAUAGUGUCAUUGUUGUGUGAAUUCUUUCUGAUUACUUUUUCAUUUAUUCCCCUGACCACCAUAAAUUCUACUCACUGCAUGGAUGUGUGUUAGAGGGAAAGGUGGUGGUUUAAAGUUAGACCCCAAUACUGUCCAUUAUGUUUUGUACAAUGGUGUUCGUUACAACUACUUGGUUUUACAAUAUGCGUUCAACAAACAAAAUUAUCUGAAUUAACAAGGGAAUGAUUGAAUUGUAUUUUAAAUUGAUUUUCUCAAAUGCAAUGUAAUGGACAUUGCAACAGUCUGUAAUACUAUUUUGGCGUUAAAUUACCAUUGUAAUCAAUUCCCAUCUCACACAGUUGUAUGUUUACGUAAUUUGGGACAUUAUUUCAGAGAGAUGGACAUGUCUUAAUUGCUUUCUCUAUCAAGUUAGGGGAGCUUGCACCAAUAUGCAAAUAAGUACCUCUUAUGAAUUUGCAUAUAAUGUGGAUGCUUUUAAGAUUAUUCAAUGUUUUCACAAUAUUUUACCCUAUGCUAUGGUUGUUAUGUGAGGAUAUCACAAAGUACGCACAUAGUGUACAUCAUUAAAAUCUGAGUGUGUACUAAGUGCAUACUUUGUGAUUUUCUAUAAUAAUAGCAUUAUUAUACAUUUUUCUGAUCCUACCACUGCUGCUGGUUAAAAUUAGUGAAACUUUGACUUGAAAUAAAUCCACCAUUUUGGUAAUAUCCCAUUAACCAUUCCCUUAUAAGAUACAGGAGUACAGUAAAACCAUUUAUUUUCACUGAUAUUUAAUUUCACUAUUUUGAUGUAUUGAGUAUAUUCCCUGAUUUUAAUUUCACGAAUUUGUUAAGGAAAUAAUGAAUUUAUUUUUCAUGUUCACAUAGAUUUACUUUUUAGCGAAUUUUACUUAUCAGCGAAAAUAGCAAAAUUAAAACCUAGUGAAAAAUCAAUGCAUUUACAGUAAGCAGAUAUACUGCAAAAUACGUAUGAUACUGCACACUGCAACUGAUUCACAGGUGUGUAAUAGUCUUGUGUUGUCAAAAUUGUAUGGACAGUCUUUAAAGUAAAUAUUACUCAGUUUCUGAUUGGAAUUGAUUACAGGUGCAUAUUGAUGAACAGCGCCCUCUCUGUUCAUGUAAAGUUUGUUUGGAGCCUUGUUAUUUAUCAUUACAGUAUUUUUGAAGUGGAGAAUAACAUAAUAGUAUUAUCUUAAUACUUAUGAGAAUUUACGCAAUAAAGUUAUUUCUGAAUUAUUACAU